UACACAGAUUUACACAGAUAAAUUUGGUGUCUUACGCAUAAGAUGCAUGGAAUAGAUGCUAAAACUUUUAAUGUUUCACUUAAGUUUUUGAAAGAGUUUAAAGUUUUUUCAGAUUAACGUAGUUGUUAAGUCUGUAUUAUAAAUUUAUAAUUUGUUUAUAAAUUUAUAUUUAUUGAAUGCGAACAAUUGACCCUCUAUCUAACAAGCACAAUUUUUUCAAAUAUAGUCCUAAUAUCUGUACAGUGUGACAAAAGAAUGAAUUCUAAUAAGAAUAAAAUUUUGGAAGAUACUUCAGUAAAAUGUUUGACUAAAGAUUGUGAUUUUUAUGGACGUCCUGAAAGCAAUAAUUAUUGCUCAGCUUGCUUCAAAAGUUUAUCAAAAGUUAAAGGUACCACAAACUGUGAUGUAACAUGUGACACAAAAUAUGCUGCAUAUUCUAACAGCAAUUUUACCUCUGAUUUACAAAAACACUUUAUUCCGAUGCCGAUUACUUUUGAAAGAUUGGCAGAAGAAGGAAAACAACUUGAAUUAUCAAAAGAUAAACGUAUUGAUGGUAUGAAUCCACGUCAAAAACUCAUUACAUAUAUGUAUCAGUCUCUUGAUGCAAAUCGCUCUCCAUUCAAGACUACUUGCAUGAUAUUCGGGCAGAGUGGAGUUGGGAAGUCCUUAUUUCUCAAUCAUUUUAUUGGACGUGAUGUAUUGAAUAUCAACUCCUUUACAUCAGAAACAAGAGAUGUGAAAGAAAUUGUUUUAACUAUGAAAGAGCCUUCACUUAAUGUUUCUAAUUUACAACUGACAUUUGUUGAAUCUCCAGGAUAUUUUGAUGAUAAAGAUGACAAGCAAGAUGAAAUAAAUUAUAACUCUUUAAAAGAGUAUAAGCAAAAAAAUUUUCCUGAUUGUUAUCCCAACCUUAUAUUUAUUGUAAUUCAAGGUUCUGAUAAUCGGUUUUUAAAUGGUCCAUUAAAAAAGUUUCUUGAAAAGCUCAAAAAACUUGAUAUAAUUUGUCCAUCAUAUCCUAAUGUUAUUUGCCUUUUUACUUACGCAUCAUGUUUUUUAAAUGAUUCCGAAGAAAAUAUUGAGAAAAAAAAAGAAAUGUUAAUUGACUUAUGCUACGAAUACCUAAGGGUAACAGUAUCUGUGGUUUAUAUUGAAAAUGAUUGUAAAGAUUUGAAAAUGCAAGGAGACUGGACUGUACUGCCAGAUGGUACUCUUCAGCCUUUAAAUGUAUUUGAGUGUGCAAAAAAAUUAAUGAAAGGUAAUUUCUACAAACCAGAAGGACAAAAGUAUAUUGAUCCUCUUGGUAUGAAAACAUUAGCAAGUUUUUUCAAAGCAGUUUCAAAUGGCGAUACAAUUAAAGUUAAUGUUAAUAGUGUUUAUAAUGGAAUUAACAACGAAAUAGCACAACCAUAUUCAGCUAAUCCAGAAAUUUUGGGUGAAAUAUGUGUUGGAAAAGGUUAUGAUGUUAUUUACGACAAAAUAAAAGAGUCCUGUAUCUUUGAGUUUGAAGAAUCAGAAGAACAUCAACAAGAAAACCAAGAUCAAGAAAACCAAAACCAUCAACAAGAAAACUUUAAUGUUAGUAAAGGUUUUGUUAUUAUUAGCUGUAUUAAUGAGGCUUCAUUUUUUUUCGGAGAAGACUCAGAACUUAAUACAACACAUCGAUUAAAUGCAAUUGGAUUAAACGACAAAAUAGACGCUAAGAUUCUUCUAAACAAGAAAACUGAUUUAAAUAAUUUGUCUAUUAAAUCAAAGUUAUCAUAUCUUCGUGAAAUUAGAACUCACAAGUUGUACAUACCUGAUACCAGCAAACUCAAAAUAAGCAAAACCUUUAUGGAAGCUGUUGCAACUAAUGAUUUUCCAUCCUGUUAUACAGCUAGCGAUUCUAAUGUUACAGAAUUUUUUAGAAAUUUUUUUGAGAGGUGGGGGCAUUUUGUUGUGACAUCAGUAUAUUUAGGAGGGUCCAUUGAAAUUAAGAAAAUUUUUACAAACAAAGUUAAACAAGAUUUAGUUGAAGCUCAACUAAAAUGCAUUUUGGACAUACUGGAACAUGGCUUUCAAAAAAGUUUAGACUGUGGUAAAAUUUUAGAUCCUAAUCUAUCUUUAACAGAUAUUGAACUUAAUUGGAUUGGCGGUUUGUCAACAUGGCAAAUUUCAAGCUUGGAAAAUAUUGAAACAAUUGACACCUCUAAUGCAUUUAAAUCUUGGAAAGCUUCUUUAACUUCAAAACCUUCUGUUUUAAAAACAAAAAUGAAACUUCAAUCUAUCGCAGAUUUUGUUUCUUCUAUAGACAAACGAAAAGGUGAAACUUGUCAAAUUGCUUUUGAGCAUUUGCUUGGUAUGUCAAAAACAAAGAGUUUUAAAAACACCACUCAAAGUAGUGUCAAUAUACCUGAUACACAUAACAUUGCUGCAGAGAAAGCAGAACCUAACUGCAUAAGUUGUUUCUCAGGUUAUGGAAAAAUAAUUGUAAUGAAAAGUUAUCCUGAAAUCAAGUUAAUCAAGGAAUUAAAUGUUGGUGAUAAGGUUUUAUCAUUUGAAACCAAAACUAAGAAAUUUAUAUACUCCACAGUGUACAUGUUUGCGCACAAGAAUGAGACCAAAAAAAUGAAUUUUCUCAAAAUAAGCUGCAAAAGCGGAAAUUCUGUCACUCUUUCACCAAAACAUCUUGUUUAUACUGAUCAUUAUAAAGUAAAACAUGCAGAUCAAAUAAAAAUUGGUGACGGAUUUUGGACAACAUGCGCCAAUGAUUCAAAGACAAUGAAUUUAUGCAAAGUUGAUGCAAUUGAAAUAACAGAAUCAGUUGGGUUUUACGCUCCUUUAACUAUUAAUGGAAACAUUAUUGUAGAUGGCAUUUUAUCCAGCUGCUAUGCUAACGUGAUGGACGUCUCUUUACCCGGUUUAGGUAGACUUUCAGGCCAGGUUAUUGCACAUUUUGGUACGGCUCCUUUAAGAAUAGCGUAUUUAUUUUUUCGAAAAAAAUUUCAAACUAACGAAGAAAUGCCGAAGUGUAUAGUAACCCUUAACCAAUUUGGGCAAAGAGCCAACUUAGUCUUCAAACCGUAGCUGAUUUUCAUUCUAAAAGUUGUAUCAAUAUCGAUAGCGAGUUUACGAAGAGAAAAUAAAAAUGGAUCUUAUUGUUGAUUUGACUUUUUAUGUU